CGGUCACGUUUUUGCCUUGGCAGCUGUCCGGAGGCAGCAGUGUCCACCACGCAGACCCGGUCGCCCCAUCCUCUGCAGGGCUGUAUUUUGAACCUGAACCAAUUUCUUCCACACCCACUUAUUUACAACCCCGAGAAUUUCCUAGUUGUGUUUCCUGUGAAGAAAACCCAAGCUACCUCGACCAGAUCUUGGACUCCUACCUUCAGACAGAGAUGCACCUGGACCCUCCGCUCAGUUCCAUGCAAAGUGCUGUGCACUACUUCCCCGGCAGCUGCCAGGACGCCCCUCUCUGCUUCAACCAGAGCCUGACCCCAGGAUCGCCUUCAGAUUCCUCCACUCUUUCUGGCUCCUUCGACUACAGUUACUCGCCCGGUCAGCUACCUUCCUAUGCUCCCGAGAAUUACAAUUGCCCCCCUUCUCUGGACACCAGAAACUGUGGCUAUGCCUCAGAAGAUUACCCCCACAUGCCGUGGCCUUCACACGCCCAGUACGACUGCUUCCCCUCCGGCAACACCGCCGUCUGCUGCUGUGCGUCCUGUGAGGCUGAUCACCCGGACGGCUCGCAGCCAGCGGAGUAUUUCCCCUGCCCCAGCACAGACUGUGUGGGCUUCGCUCCCUCAGCAGCGUCCACCAGUGAUUUCUACACGAGGGAAACAAACUGUGACAUCUGCUAUAGUUAGUGGAAAUCACAUGGAACAUGGUGUGCGUGCAUGUCUCUAUUUUUCUACACACCCAGUGACAGCACACAAAACACAACCUGUUAGCAGAACGUCACAUUCGCAGGGUCCAGUCACCAUUUUCAAUUUUCUGAAACCCAUGUAGGCGUGCAUAUGAAAUUCUCAGCCCCUCAUUAUGCCACCCCCAUUUUGUAUGCUUACAGUUAACAUUUUUGUAGGGAUCAUACCAUUGUUUUACUUUUCUAUGUA